AUGCGCAGUGGCGCCCACGCGCCCACGCCGCCUCGGAGGGUCCCGGGCAUCAUGGCGGAGCCGGAGGUCUCAUCGCAGGCUAGCCGGGCCCCGCAGGCUAGCGCUCCCUCCGUCUCCACAGUGUCUGCGGCCACGGCUCCGCCGGUAGUGGGAGGAGGCGGAGCCGGAGGAAGCAGCAGCGAUCCGGUUCGCCCGGGGUUGAGCCAGCAGCAGCGCGCGAGCCAGCGUAAGGCGCAUGCGCGGAGCUUCCCGCGGGCAAAGAAGCUGGAAAAGCUAGGGGUGUUCUCAGCCUGCAAGGCUAAUGACUCUUGCAAAUGCAAUGGGUGGAAGAACCCAAACCCUCCCACAGCCCCCCGUAUGGACCUGCAGCAGACGGUCACCAACCUCAGCGAGCCCUGCCGUAGCUGUGGGCACACGCUAGCUGACCAUGUGUCUCACCUGGAGAAUGUCUCUGAGGAAGAGAUCAAUCGGCUUCUGGGGAUGGUAGUAGAUGUGGAGAACCUUUUCAUGUCAGUGCACAAGGAAGAGGACACAGACACCAAGCAAGUUUAUUUCUACCUGUUUAAGCUCCUAAGGAAAUGCAUCCUCCAGAUGAGCCGCCCGGUUGUUGAGGGCUCACUCGGAAGCCCCCCUUUUGAAAAACCAAACAUUGAACAGGGCGUCUUAAACUUUGUGCAGUACAAGUUCAGCCACCUGCCCCCUAAGGAGCGACAGACCAUGUUUGAGUUGUCGAAGAUGUUCCUUCUGUGCCUAAACUACUGGAAGCUGGAAACGCCGUCUCAGUUCCGCCAGCGCUCACAAAAUGAUGAUGUGGCAACAUACAAGGUUAACUACACCAGGUGGCUGUGCUAUUGCCACGUCCCCCAAAGCUGCGACAGCCUCCCACGCUACGAAACCACCCAGGUGUUUGGGCGCAACCUCCUCAAGUCCACUUUCACGGUGACUCGCCGGCAGCUGCUGGAGAAGUUCCGCGUGGAGAAGGACAAGCUGGUACCAGAGAAACGGACCCUCAUCCUCACCCACUUCCCCAAGUUUCUAUCAAUGCUCGAGGAAGAAAUCUAUGGGGAGAGCUCACCAAUCUGGGAGGCCGACUUUACUAUGCCGGCGUCAGAAGGAACCCCACUCGUUCCCCGGCCAGCAAUCAGCACCGUUCCCGCAGCCAGCACUCCGCUCUUCAGCAAAUCUCUGAGCUGCAGUUCCUCCUUGGCUUCCAUUAACCUGGAUGGCAGCUCAUUGGAUUCUGUGCCAGGUGAGAAGAGGAAGCUUCCAGAGAGCUUGACGCUGGAGGAUGCGAAGCGGAUUCGCGUGCUGGGUGACAUCCCGAUGGAGCUCGUAAACGAAGUGAUGUUGACUAUCACAGAUCCAGCAGCCAUGCUGGGACCUGAGACCAGCCUGCUGUCCGCUAACGCGGCCCGGGAUGAGACAGCCCGCCUAGAGGAGCGCCGCGGCAUCAUCGAAUUCCAUGUCAUCGGCAACUCACUCUCGCAGAAAUCCAACAAGAAGAUUCUCAUGUGGCUGGUUGGGCUGCAGAAUGUAUUUUCACACCAGCUGCCUCGAAUGCCCAAGGAGUACAUUACCCGUCUGGUUUUUGAUCCCAAACACAAGACUCUGGCACUGAUCAAAGAUGGCCGAGUGAUCGGCGGCAUCUGCUUCCGAAUGUUCCCCACCCAGGGGUUCACAGAGAUUGUCUUCUGUGCUGUGACGUCCAAUGAGCAAGUCAAGGGUUAUGGGACCCACCUGAUGAAUCACCUGAAAGAAUACCACAUCAAGCACAGCAUCCUGUACUUCCUCACCUAUGCUGAUGAAUAUGCCAUUGGCUAUUUCAAGAAGCAGGGCUUCUCCAAAGACAUCAAAGUCCCCAAGAGCCGAUACCUUGGCUAUAUCAAGGACUAUGAGGGAGCCACCUUGAUGGAGUGUGAACUGAAUCCCCGGAUCCCUUACACAGAGCUCUCUCAUAUCAUCAAGAAGCAGAAGGAGAUCAUCAAGAAGUUGAUAGAGAGGAAGCAGGCCCAGAUCCGCAAAGUCUACCCCGGCCUCACUUGCUUCAAGGAAGGUGUUCGGCAUAUCCCUAUCGAAAGCAUACCAGGCAUCCGAGAGACAGGAUGGAAACCCUUGGGGAAGGAGAAAGGGAAGGAGCUCAGGGAUCCUGACCAGCUGUAUACAGCCUUGAAAAACCUCCUAGCGCAAAUCAAGACCCAUCCCAGCGCCUGGCCGUUCAUGGAACCGGUCAAGAAAUCUGAGGCUCCAGACUACUAUGAGAUCAUCCGUUUCCCCAUUGACCUCAAGACGAUGACGGAGCGGCUCAAGAACCGCUACUACGUCACCAAGAAGCUGUUCAUCGCCGACUUGCAGCGCAUAAUCACCAACUGCCGCGAGUACAACCCCCCCGAGAGCGAUUACUGCAAGUGCGCCAACACCCUGGAGAAGUUCUUCUACUUCAAGCUCAAGGAAGGGGGCCUCAUCGACAAGUAGUAGCAUCUGGGCUUAUUUCCCCACACACACACCUCCGCCCUUCCAUCUUGUGGGGACUCUCUUCCGGCUUGUGGCGAACAGCUGGCCGCUUCUCUGCUGCCUUUUGCCGCGUCUCACGCACAAACCGCAUCUGGGGUUGGCUGGAUAAAAGAGCUUUUCCUUUUACGUGAGGGGGCGUGGGAUGCGCACGGGUGCCAUCUCUGUUGCAUGCUUCUCCUUGCCCCUGAACAGACUGGGAUCUGCCAUCGGCCCUCUCGAAUUUCCGAGCCUUAUCACUCCAUCCGUUGGGUCUUCCUUCUUAGAAGAGAGUCGUGUGGGAGUAGUCUGGGAGAUCACCCCAGAAAAAGAUUCUGGAUCCUUGCAUUAUGCAUCCAAAACAUGUAACGAGGGAAGUGAGAAGCCCUCUUCCCCGCCCCCAUUUUUCCGUAUAUGUCUGUGGGUUUUCUUGUGCUUCCAUGUGUUGGGAGAGUUUUUCACCUGCUUGCACUUCAUCCUUGCUUUAAGAUUCAGCCAUUUCCUCUUGACAUAUGAAUGUAGAAAAGGAGCACUUGAGAGGUAGAAGAGGACCAGGAGAGUUGGGGAGACUUUAUUACAGACUUCAGCAAUAAAGAGGUUUCUUUCCCCAACCCCCUCUUCAAAAGCCGUUGAUGGGACCAUGAAAAACAGAAGCCCUCCUUUUUGUUUUUGGCUAACUCACAACUUCCCACUAUCCUGUUUGAAUGCUGUUGGCCUGUCCUGUAGAGCUGUGUUUCCCAAAUGUGGGUCUCCAGAUGUUUUGAAACUACAGUUCCCAUCAUCCCUGACCACUGGUCCUGCCAGCUAGGGAUGAUGGGAGUUGUGGUCCAAAAACAGCUGGAGACCCACGUUUGGGAAAAGCCCUGCUGUAGAGGAAAGGACCCCUUUUGAACCUUAGGCUAAAUUGUGACUGCAUUCACCAGGCAGCUCAUUCCGUUUUCACGACUUUCCCCUAAAAGUUAAGUUCCACUUUAUAUCUGAAUUUUCACCUGACUUAAAAGCCACUUCCAGAACUUUAGUGCUCAUUUAUGUGUAAUUUGCUUUGCGGGGGGAGGGUCUGUUGGCAAAUGAUGUGGAAAUGAGUGCUAAACUUGCCCUAUACUUUCCACAGUGGUUCCGGAAGUGGAUAUUACAUUGUGUGAAAGUGCAAAUACAAUGUGGAAAGUAAACUUUUAGGAAAACGUCAUGAAAAUUGAAUGACCUGCCAGGUGAAUGCAGCCGGUAUAUAGCUGCAGGAGGUGGGCAAACAAGUAAAGGAUACGUGGGGGGGGGGGAUAACCCCCUUGCUCAGUUGCCAGAUUUUACCCUCUCAAUGCUUACCAAAUGCCGGAUACUGGAUUGGAACUGUACACCCCACUGCUUGGUGGUGGUAGUAGUAGUAAAUUCUCUGCAUACCAGACCAGAAUUAGCAGGUCUGUGACCCCUCCUCACUGCUGGACACCCCGCUUGGCUGUCUGAUCACUAUCCACAACGUAUGGCCCAUUCCUGAUUAUUUUCUGUCCUGCACUUACAUCCCCACACCUAUUUGAUCCUCUGCAUCUGAGUUUAGUCUUCAUCUCUGCACUUAAAACUUUUGCACACAGACAUUGUCCCACCCACUCUGUCAAGAGUAGCCAAGCUUUGGUGGGGGAAAAUAAUCAGGAACACAACUCAGUAUCAGUGGUGCCAAUGAUUCCAUCCCUCUCAUUGGAGCUCCACCCACCCGCCUGCCUGUCUUCAACACGCACUUUCCUAUGCAUAUAUCUGUGAGUGUCUGCCAUAUUUGCUGUUUCUCAUGCCUUGGUUUAAAGGAGGUACAGAGAGGGUCAUUGUUUUCUUCUUCUGAAAUAGAGGCAGCCAGUUUUGCUGUUAACCAGAUACUUUAAAAUGACCGUGGUGUUCUGAUGACUUGCAGUAAGUUGCCAAGUUGGCACAGCCGCUCUCCUCAGGCGCCCUAUAAAUUUUGUGAUGCUUAAUAUCUGUGCCACCAUGUGGUGCAACAAAAUUAUAGCUCAGUUGUUUUUCUCUUGGCCAUGAGAGUACAAUUGUGAGGACAUCAAACGCCCUAAGCCAGGCAUGGGGAACCAGGGCCCUCGAGACUUUAUUGGACUCCAGUUCCCAUCAGCCCUAGUCAGUGAAGCCGAAAGGUCAGGGGUGAUGGGAGUUGUAGUUAAACAGCAUCUGGAAGCCCCACUCACCCACCCCAUAUGAAGAAUUGCAGGCCUUUGUUGCAAUAAUUUCUGGGGUCUGGUGGUGAGAAAAACAAAUGUGUAACACCCUAGAUCAGCUUUUUUCAACCUUGGGUCCCUAGAUAUUGACGGACUGCAACUCCCAUCAUUCCUAGUCAGCAUGACCAGUGGUCAGGGAUAAUGAGAGCAUCUGGGGACCCAAAGUUGAGAGAGGCUGCCCUAGAUAAUAGUGGCAUUUUAUUGGUGGCCUGUAUAUUUAAUACAGGAAGUGUAAGCUGCCCAUCGACACUCACUUUUUCCCUUCCAGCACAGGUGUGGGGAACAUUUAGCCCCCUCCCAUCACCCCCCGCCAUUGACUAUACUUGCUAGGGCUGAUGGGAGUUGUAGUUCAGCAACAUCUGAAGGUUCCCCACAUUUCAGUAGGUAUGGGGUAAUGGGAAAGGAGGGUUGGAAAGUUGGGGUGGAUGGACAACUAGAUUGUGUUCAGUUAUCCAGCCUGCUUCAGGGUGAUUUGCCCAGGUGGAAUAUACUCUGUUUUAAGUGCUU